AUGACAGAAGAAGAAUCUCACGAGACAUCGCACAGCACAUCGGUUGAAAGCGGAAACGAGGAGAGACAGGAGGUUGAGCAGAAAGAAGUUGAUAUCAAAAAAACGAAACUGUACCACACCCUCACGCCGUGGAAGAAAUUCUCGCACACUCUGAAAGAAGUCUCGCUGCUGUACUUUUUUGGAUUCAUUGUUUCCCUUUUCCUCUUUGGGCUAAAGCAUUUGAUAGUCUACGCGAGACUGGACGGAAGGUUCUACCUCUACAGGAACGAGACAAAGGUGCAGUACGCUGUCUCCGACGCGCUCUCUGUGGUGAGCUCUUUCAUUUUUGCGUUUACGCUGAUAGACACGUUCCUGUACUACAUGAGCGGAUAUUUGAUGGAAAAAGUGAACUUUCUCACUCUAGCGAUGUUCUACACGAAUAGCGUGUCGAGCCUCCUCUCCAGCAUGAUCCUUGUCUUUGGAUCGGUUGUGUAUUGUAAGUUCAACGAAGUAGACUACAAGAUAAAAGAAAGCCACAGCGUGGGCAUUGAGCAGUCGCUGACCACGUGUUUUCUUUCGCUGCUGGUCAUCACAAUGAAAGACAUAUUUGUCAAGAAGGUGAGAAUGGGGUUCAACCACACAAACUAUCUCUCGAGAAUUCAAAAGUGCCUGAUCGAGCACCAGUUCAUAAAAACCCUCGAGGUGGUGAGGAAGAGGAUAAAAGGGCAGAAAAACGGAAAGAAAAAGAGAUACUGGAUGUUCUCGCAGCCUGCACAGGACCAGCAGGCAGGCGCAGAAACAGACACGCCCUCGCAGGAAGAGAUACCAGAAGAUAACGAAAAGUACUUCAAGCCCAAGUUCAUGGCUGUCCCUGAAGACCUGACAGACGUCAAACAGAAAAUGAUAAUAUUCAAAGAGUUUGAAAAAAUAAUGAACACAAAGAUAUACCACAUGGACAAGGGAAUAGGCGCAGCUGUGGACAUAAAACAGGAGUCGCAGAAAAGAGCAGAGAAGAUAGCAACGUGGCUGGCUGCGGACAGGAAGAAGUUCCAGAUACGGCAUCUGAAGAAGUACGUUGACUCAGAGUACGUUGACAACAUAGUUUCCGUUUUGGGCCUAUCAGAGACACAAUUGCUGUCAGAGAAAGACAUUGCCACGCUGAUAGAGAAGACAAAAAGAGAAAAAUAUGCAGUGAAAAGAAGCUUGGUGCAGAUGGACAAAGCGCUCCUUAGAGUCAGCCAUUUCAUCACGGGAUCUAUUUUCGUGUUUGCUGCGAUUGCCCUUCUUUCUCCCACCAUCUCGGCAAAUGACGUGGUAAAGGGCGUCUUUGGGACGUUCUUUGGGCUUGGGUUUAUCUUCCAGACGAGCGUGAAGAAUGCAAUUGACAGCGUGAUCUUCUUAUUUAUAGUGCAUCCGUACGACAUCGGAGACAGAAUUAGAGUGGAGAUAGACAAAGAAGAGCUGAACAUGGUUGUCUCCGAGCUGAACGUGUUCUCCACCGUGUUUUACGAAUGGAACGGAUCAAAGAUAUACAUCCCAAACCACGUCCUCCUGCAGAAGUCCAUUGUGAAUGUGCGAAGAAGCGGGCUGAUGGCUGAAAAUAUUGUUUUUCAGGUAUCGUUCGACACGGUUCCUGAAAAGAUCCAGCACCUGAAGACAGAGAUCACAAAGUUCAUAAAGAAGCAUCCAAAAGACUUUUCGCCGUACUUUAUGUUCAACUACCACGCGCUUGAGGACACGAACAAGCUGCAUCUGAAAAUAUACCUGCAGCACGCCACCAACUGGCAGAACUACGAGGCAUAUCUGCAGAGAAAGGCAAAGUUCAUUAUGUUUUUGAAGCAGGCAAUCAGCGAGCAGAAGAUAGAGUACUAUCUCCCAAUCCAGAGACUCGAAAUAAUUGCAAGCAAAACAGCCCAAACCAGCUUGUAG